GCUGCCCGCUGCUCAAUAGCCGCCCGGACGCCGCCCCAACAAGAGGUCUCGCAGUGUCCUAGAGGAAAACGGACUCGGUGCCUAGAAGCCUCACUGCCUCGGCGCCUUUCUCACUGUGAUUCAGUGAUCGUCUGCGAGAACCAGGCAGUGUGAAGGACAAGCACGGUAUUGAUUGCCUAGAGGUGAAGAGCAAGAUGGUGCCGCAAGGAGUCGUUCUGUUUCUGCUGGUGGCGGGCGUGGCAUCCCAGGGUGCCAUUCCGGGCGUCGCCAACAGGUGUUUCGAGCCCGUGCUGACCGGCAGGUGUCGAGCCUUCAUCCCGUCCUACUACUUCGAUCCUCUGAGCGGUGCCUGCGACUGCUUCGUCUACGGUGGCUGCGGAGGCAACAACAACAGGUUCAACACACUGGAGGAAUGCAUGACAACAUGCAGCGUUCGCCCAGAGCUUCAGACCGCAACCCCGAACUGUGACAGGAUCCUGAACUCAGCCAGAAUACCUCAGCAGCCUGUCGUCGAGCCACGGGAGCCGCGCCAGCAGCCCACGACGGCGCUCCCCACCGCCCCAGUGUCCCCCACCACCCCGGCGCCCCGCCCCACCGCAGCUCCGGAGCAGGAGGAAUCGGGCGACGAGGGCGAGGAGAGCUCGGGCCGAAGGACGGUGCAGAGCGUGGUCAUCGGACCCUCCGGCCUGGGGACGGGCACGCUCACCAUCGGGCAGCCCGUCAGGAUCCCCCACUUGACGCGCAACCAGGAGGAGUAGGCGCUCUCACGGAGGCCUUCCUGCGGUGCUCGUAGGGAACAAGAGCAACUAGGCACGGUGCAGAGCUGAAGUGUUGGAGAAAUAACCUGUCAGCCAAAAAUUAGUUACGUAGUUAUUGUUGGUCGCGGAACCGACAGUAAGAUACAGCCCCUUCUAUUUAUUACUUUUGUUUGUUAUAGGAUCUGUGGUAUCCAAAGGCAUAUAAAUUUAUCAUUAUUUUCUUACACAUUGCAAAGUGUGCACGAAAGGCGUAGGAAAUUAGGUAAUAUAUAUU